AUGCUGCCCGUUCACGGUUCCGACGAGCUUGUUAAAUUCCCCACAGAGGAUACCGGUACCGCCAGAACGGCGAGAGAAGGCUCCUACAGCCUGCAGUACCCAUGCGGUGCCGGCUUCUACGGUUUAUUCGACGAGGCUGCAGCCUACAGCUGCGGACCCAACGGCUUCGAAGGGAAUCGCACGUUGGCACAAACGCGAUAUUUCCUCAUGCACCCAAAGUGGACCGGAAGAAAAGAAUCUUCGGCUUGCCUACGCAUGUUCUACGGUAAAUCUCUUCUGCGCAACUCGUCUACUUGGUACUCGCCCUACACGUCCUCACAUCAUCGGCCACGACCACCGAGACGCCACCAGUCAACGAAACGAGUCGGCUGGACAGCGGAACCGGACGGGCGCGGAUCCGGUGGAAUCAUACUGCUCUCCGCGGUCACCACCGGAACCUGCGUGUGGACAGCUCUCCAUCUCAACGUCGACACGAUAUCGCUUCUCGGAAACGAAGAUCUAGUGCCGCCGCCCAACGCUGUCGGAAAAUGCCUGUGGGCGUUCAUGGCGCUCAUCGCACCGGAGAUGGUCUCGGCCGUGGCGCUGCACCAAGCACUCGUGGCGCUGAAAUACCGCCACUACGUCAACACCACCGGCACCGGUAGGAAGAUCGGAAUGUUGGAGGCGUUCUUCGCAACCAUGGGCGGGAUCGCGAUGGUUCAAGUUUCGCGUGGCCGCAUCAAGCCGUUCAGCGGAAUGGACAUGGAGAUGAGCUGCAUCCCGCCGAUGCGCUUAGACCAGCUGUUAGAACCCGACAAGAUGGAACUCGUGCGAGGCUUCUCCCUCCUCGAGAUCGAGGCUAGGAGCAAGCAGGACGCCCUGGCAAAGUUCUUUGUGCUCUCCCAGGCAGCUUGGGUCUUGGUGCAAUGUGUGGCCCGUAGCAUCGGAAAUCUUCCUGUUACUCCGCUGGAGCUGCACACUGCGCUGUAUGUGGUCAACUUGAUGGUCAUGUAUGCGGCGUGGUGGAAGAAGCCGGUGGAUCUUGGCCGCCCCAUGUUUAUGUGUGCUACCGAUGGACUCCCUCUGCCUGUCUCCAUCGUUGCCACUGCAACCGAGGCGGAACGACCCAACCGACACGAGAUCGAUCGCCAGUUCCACAGGAGCGACUUUUUGCCACCGCUGUAUGAGAUUAAGGAAGGAAUUGUCCGCUGCGAGAUCUGUGCUCAUGAGCCGGUCAAUCAUGCCGAGGGUAUGAAGAAGUUGAGCGAUACGAUCGAAUCUUAUAGGGAGUUGAUGAUUCAGUUAUCCGAAAUGCGGGCCGUACCAACCGAGUUACUGCAACUUGUGCUGCAGGAGAUGAGCAAAGUCCACGGAUCAGCAAACACCGAAGGUGGCCCACGGUUCACGCAGUCUCACUCACGGCAACUGCGGAAGACGAUCCGGCCGAUCGACCUGAUCCUGAUCUCGCUGCAGCCCGACCGGCACACAUGGCAACAGCGGCUGCGCUCCGAUCUCUCCGCCCGGAAAGACCAAUUCCUGUACGCGAUCUCUCGGAGUCUGAUCCGCAACCAGCUCAUGAGCAUUCCCGGCCUCUUCAGCCGGGACCACUCGCAGCGGCGCGACGGCACCUUCUCGAAAGGCUACGGCCAGGACUUGGAGCUGGUGUGGAUGGUGUACAACCGGCGGUGGAAGUUAUGGCACCGCACGGUGCUCCUGGUGUUCACCGCCACGACCGGCGCCGCCUUCGGCGGUACCCACGCCACCAUAUGAAACGAUACGUUUCCGACCGCGG